AUAGUUGUCUUGACGUCAUGCGAGGAUGAUUAUUUGUCGAUUGUGAUUUGAUCAUAUAGUGGUGUUUUUAGUGGACGCAUAUUGAUGUAUUUAGUGAAAUAGUAAAAAUGGAAACUGAAAGGAUGAUAGAAGAUACAAUACCACCACAGGUGACGUCGUUGACAUGCCUGGACACGGGCGUACGGCCUGCUCCGAGCAGUGCGGCUUACGCGGCAGAAAGAGACGCCUGCCUAAACUACUUCUCCAGAUGGAACGAGACAGACCAGGUCGAGUUCGUGGAACAAUUGUUGGCGCGUAUGUGCCACUAUCAGCACGGCCACAUAAAUGCGUAUUUGAAGCCGAUGCUGCAGAGGGAUUUCAUUAGUAUGCUCCCGAAGAAAGGUCUCGAUCACGUAGCCGAAAAUAUUCUGUCAUACUUGGACGCCGGCUCUUUGUGCGCUGCCGAACUGGUGUGCCGCGAGUGGCAACGCGUCAUAUCAGAGGGGAUGCUGUGGAAGAAACUGGUCGAGAGGAAGGUCAGGACAGACUCGCUGUGGAGGGGAUUAGCCGAGAGGAGGGGAUGGAUUCAGUACCUAUUCAAGCCGAAGCCGGGCUGCCAGCAUCCGUCUCACUCGUUUUACCGACAGCUGUACCCGAAGAUCAUCCAGGAUAUCCGCUCCAUCGAGGACAACUGGCGGAUGGGCAGGCAUAACUUGCAGAGGAUAAACUGUAGAUCUGAAAAUUCAAAAGGCGUAUACUGCUUGCAGUAUGAUGAUAACAAAAUUGUAUCUGGACUGAGGGACAACACCAUUAAAAUAUGGGAUAGGAAAACUUUACAAUGCAUUAAAGAACUACAAGGGCACACCGGUUCAGUAUUAUGUUUGCAAUACGACGAGCGAGCUAUAAUAUCUGGCUCAUCUGACAGCACCGUCAGAGUGUGGGACGUAACCACUGGAGCUAUGUUGAACACACUCAUACAUCACUGUGAAGCGGUACUCCAUCUAAGAUUCUGCAAUGGAAUGAUGGUCACAUGUAGCAAGGAUCGCUCGAUAGCAGUAUGGGACAUGACGUCUACUACAGAAAUCAAUUUAAGGAGAGUACUAGUGGGCCACCGGGCUGCCGUCAACGUUGUCGACUUCGACGAGAAAUACAUAGUCAGCGCGAGCGGAGACAGGACUAUAAAAGUAUGGAACACGUCCUCGUGCGAGUUCGUUCGCACGUUAAACGGUCACAAGCGCGGUAUAGCGUGUCUACAGUACAGAGACAGACUGGUGGUGUCAGGUUCAUCAGAUAACACGAUCAGACUGUGGGACAUCGAGUGCGGACAGUGUAUAAGGGUGCUGGAGGGGCACGAGGAACUAGUCAGAUGUAUACGAUUUGACAAUAAGAGGAUAGUUAGUGGCGCUUAUGACGGCAAAAUAAAGGUAUGGGAUCUGCCCGCGGCACUAGACGUACGUACGCCACAUCAAGAGCUAUGCCUCAGAACACUAGUGGAGCACACUGGCCGCGUGUUCCGGUUGCAGUUCGAUGAGUUCCAGAUAGUGUCGUCGUCGCAUGACGACACUAUACUGGUGUGGGACUUCCUCAACUACGGGGGCACGUCCCCCGCUGCCCCCACCGCCCCCGUGGCCGCUGCCCCCGCACCUCACGCGCCCCCCGCGCGGCCCCGCACUCCCGACCACGACAGGGACCUAUACGACUAGGUCUACCAGAAGAUACGCAAUGAUGCUUCAUUGUACAGUAUUGGGGAGAGAUGACCGCACUCCAUGGACACAAUUGAGUGUUUAAUAAGUGAUGUCAAGUGACUGUGUUACCAUAUAUUAAAACCUACUGACCCCUCCCCUUAAUUGGGGUAGUGAUCGAGAUCUCACAACACUGAACUUUUUGAAACUAUUGAAGUGAGUAUAGAUAAAAUAAUGGCUGCUAAUACAUAUAAUAAUGUUACCAGCAAUAUAUGUUAAUUUGGUAUUAUUUACAAUGCCGAAAGAACUCGAGCAAUGUAUGAAAUAAACUAUUUUAUACUAUGCCAACAUAUAGCAGCCAAUUUAUAAUAUUACUUUUAUAUUGUUACUUACAAAAAAUUAUAAUAUUACAUAGAAGAAACAGUAAGAUUUGAAAACUACGAUUGUACUGAAACAACCUUUGUUGGUAAAUAUAG